AAACGGAACAUGCAGAAGAGGAACUAAUUCAUUUGUACUUUCUUCCUCCUCAUCUUCAAGCUUCUCCAGCUACCAGGGGCUGUGAAUUCUUCCAAUUGUCAAGUAACCAAAAAAGCAAGCAGCUUGAAGGUUUCAGAGCAGAGGGAAAGAAAAAGCUCUGGUUUUGUUGAUUGCCUUGAUCGAAUGGAAGUCGUUGGAGGUAUUAUGGCUGCGAGCCUUCGGCGAACUGGCUCGGCAUGGCGGAGCGCCAGUAAUAGGGAUGUCUUCUCUAGGUCUUCGAGGGAUGAGGAUGAUGAAGAGGCUCUCAAGUGGGCAGCACUCGAAAAGCUUCCCACUUAUGACCGAAUCCGCAAGGGAAUUCUCUCUGGUUCACAGGGGGGUAGAGAAGUGAACAUUGCGGAGCUUGGUUUGACUGAAAGGAAUAUGCUGAUGGAGAGACUUGUCAGAAUUGCAGAUGAAGAUAACGAGAAGUUUCUGAAAAAACUCAAGAAUAGAUUGGAUAGAGUUGGAAUUGAGAAUCCAACCAUUGAGGUGAGGUUUGAGAACUUGGAAAUCCAUGCAGAUGCUUUUGUAGGGAACAGAGGAGUUCCUAAUAUACUGAAUUUCUUCACCAAUAAGAUUGAGGCGCUACUGAACGCAUUACAUAUACUGCCAAGUAGAAAGGUGCCUCUCGCAAUCCUUCAUGGUAUCAGUGGAAUCAUUAAACCAAACAGAAUGACCUUGCUUUUAGGCCCCCCAUCUUCAGGGAAAACCACUCUGCUUCUGGCUCUAGCGGGGAAGCUAAGUAAAGAACUAAAGAUUUCUGGUAGUGUGGCUUAUAAUGGCCACGGUUUGGAUGAAUUUGUGCCCCAAAGAACCUCAGCUUAUAUUAGUCAACAUGACCUGCACAUUGGAGAGAUGACGGUCAGAGAAACAUUGGCUUUCUCUGCAAAAUGUCAGGGUGUUGGAACCCGAUAUGAAAUGUUAUCAGAGCUGUCAAGAAGGGAAAAGGCAGCAAACAUUAAGCCAGAUCCUGAUAUUGAUAUGUAUAUGAAGGCUACGACUUUGGAAGGGCAGGAAAUUGUUAUCACGAACUACAUCUUGAAGAUAUUAGGAUUGGAUAUCUGUGCUGAUACUAUGGUAGGGGAUCAAAUGAUACGGGGAAUAUCAGGAGGGCAGAAGAAAAGGGUAACUACAGGUGAGAUGCUUGUAGGACCAGCGAGAGCACUAUUUAUGGAUGAGAUAUCCACUGGUUUGGAUAGCUCAACUACCUUCUCAAUAGUGAGUUCACUGAGGCAGUCCAUUCACAUCCUUGGUGGGACUGCCCUGAUAGCAUUGCUUCAACCAGCACCUGAGACUUAUGACCUCUUUGAUGACAUUCUUCUAAUCUCAGAAGGCCAAAUAGUUUACCAGGGCCCUCGAGAAAAUGUGGUCGAGUUCUUCGAAUCUAUGGGCUUCAGAUGUCCUGAAAGAAAAGGUGUUGCAGAUUUCCUGCAAGAGGUUACAUCAAAGAAAGACCAAAGACAAUACUGGUCGCGACCAGAUGAACCAUACAGAUUUGUCUCUGUUAAUGAAUUCUCCAACGCAUUUCUUUCCUUCCAUGUCGGAAGAAGACUGGAGCAGGAACUUCAUACCCCAUAUGACAAGAGCAAGAACCACCCUGCUGCUCUGACUACAACAAGAUAUGGAGUUGGCAAUAAGGAUUUGCUGAAGGCUUGCUUGGAGAGAGAGUAUUUGUUAAUGAAGAGGAACUCAUUUGUUUACAUCUUCAAACUGUUCCAGCUUAUCAUGGUAGCUUCAAUAGCGAUGACAGUGUUCCUGCGGACCAAGAUGCACCAUCGUGAUAUUGAUGAUGGAACAAUCUAUAUGGGUGCUAUUUUUAUUGGAAUUAUGACUCAUCUGUUCAAUGGAUUUGCGGAACUAGCCAUGAGCAUUGCAAAGCUUCCUGUUUUUUACAAACAAAGAGAUCUCUUAUUCUUUCCAGCAUGGGCUUAUGCUUUGCCUACAUGGAUUCUUAAGAUUCCAAUUUCUUUUCUGGAAUGUGCCGUCUAUACUGGCUUGAGUUAUUAUGUGAUUGGUUUUGAUCCAAAUGUGCAAAGGUUCUUUAGGCAGUUUUUGCUAUUCUCUUUGGUUAGUCAAAUGGCCUCCGGGCUUUUCCGAGUUGUCGCGGCACUUGGCAGAGAAAUGACAGUUGCAAACUCUUUUGGUUCCUUUGCCCAGCUGGUGGUGAUAGUCCUUGGUGGAUUUAUCAUAUCUAGAAAAAGCAUCAAGGAUUUCUGGAUCUGGGGUUACUGGUUAUCACCUCUUAUGUAUGCUCAGAACGCCCUAUCAGUAAAUGAAUUUCUUGGGCACAAAUGGAAAUUUAUUCCUGCUGAUUCGACUAGCAACAAAACAUUAGGAGUCCAAAUUAUUGAAGGCAGAGGCUUAUUUGCUGAAUCAAAAUGGGUCUGGAUAGGUGUGGGAGCUUUGAUUGGCUAUGUUUUGGUCUUCAAUGUUGUAUACACUGCUGCUCUUACCUUUCUGGAUCCAAUAGGGAAAGGUCAGGCAGUCAUAUCUGAGGACACUCUGAAUGAGAAAGAGUCUAACAGAACUGGAGCGGUUGUCGAGCUCUCAUCUAGAGGAAGAAGUUCUCGUGGAUCUCGAGCUGGAGAAGAUCGGAGUCAGAGAGGAGGGGCAGAAAUCAACACAGCAGAUGAUCCUAACAGGAAGCGUGGAAUGGUUCUUCCAUUUGAACCUCUGUCAUUAACUUUUGACGAUGUAAAGUAUUCAGUGGACAUGCCAGCGGAAAUGAGAUCACAGGGAGUUCAAGAGGAUCGCUUGUUGCUCCUUAAAGGCGUCAGUGGGGCUUUCAGGCCAGGGGUUCUCACUGCAUUGAUGGGAGUCAGUGGUGCUGGUAAGACAACUCUAAUGGAUGUGCUUGCUGGGAGAAAGACCGGUGGAUAUAUCGAUGGAGAUAUUAGGAUCUCUGGCUACCCAAAGAAUCAAGAAACUUUCGCUCGAAUAUCAGGAUAUUGUGAACAGAAUGACAUCCACUCGCCUAAUGUGACUGUCUAUGAAUCUCUUGUCUACUCUGCAUGGCUUCGAUUGCCAGGUGAAGUAGAUGCUAAUGCCAGAAAGAUGUUUGUCAACGAGGUGAUGGAACUCGUCGAACUAAACACCUUGCGGAACUCAUUGGUUGGAUUGCCUGGAGUUAAUGGGUUGUCUACUGAACAACGGAAGCGACUGACAAUUGCGGUGGAGCUUGUAGCGAAUCCUUCUAUAAUAUUCAUGGAUGAACCGACCUCUGGACUAGAUGCCCGGGCCGCUGCAAUUGUGAUGAGAACUGUUAGGAACACAGUUGACACUGGCAGAACAGUGGUUUGCACAAUUCAUCAACCAAGCAUUGAUAUUUUUGAAGCAUUUGAUGAGCUUUUCCUAAUGAAACGUGGUGGAGAGGAGAUAUAUGUUGGCCCACUUGGGCGUAAUUCAUCUGAACUCAUUAGAUACUUUGAGGCUGUUAAUGGAGUAAGCAAGAUAAAGGAUGGUUACAAUCCUGCAACAUGGAUGCUGGAAGUGACAAACUUGGCUCAAGAAGAAAACUUGGGAGUUAAUUUUGCUGAAAUAUACAAGAAUUCUGAUCUUUAUAGGAGGAACAAAGCCUUGAUUAGCGAGCUAAGCACCCCUGCCCCUGGAUCAAAUGACCUUUACUUCCCCACAAAAUUUUCACAGCCUUUCUUCUCUCAGUGCCUUGCUUGCUUUUGGAAACAAUACAAGUCAUACUGGCGCAAUCCAUCAUAUGGCGCCAUACGAAUGUUCUUCACCACAGUUAUAGCCUUUAUAUUCGGCACCAUCUUCUGGCGACUCGGCUCGAAAACGAGCACACAAGGAGAGCUCUUCAAUGCUAUGGGUUCCAUGUACAGCGCUGUUAUGUUCAUUGGAGUGCAGAAUUCACAAACUGUACAGCCAGUAGUGGAUGUUGAAAGGACAGUAUUCUACAGAGAGAAGGCAGCAGGAAUGUAUUCUCCUCUACCAUACGCAUUUGCUCAGGUUGCUAUUGAAAUUCCAUAUACAUUGUUCCAAUCCAUUUUGUAUGGGGUUUUAGUGUACAGCAUGAUAAAUUUUGACUGGACUGCAGUCAAAUUCUUUUGGUACCUAUUUUUCACGUUCUGCACUUUCCUCUACUUCACGUUUUAUGGAAUGAUGGCAGUGUCAUUGACUCCAAACUCAGACAUAGCUGCAGUAGUUGCUACUGCAUUUUAUGCCAUAUGGAAUCUCUUUGCAGGAUUUGUUAUUCCACGCCCAAGGAUUCCAAUUUGGUGGCGAUGGUACUUCUGGGGAUGUCCAGUUUCAUGGACUUUAUAUGGCCUACUCGCUUCUCAGUUUGGUGAUAUAGAGACAGUGAUGACUGAUAUAAAAAAGCCAGUGAAGGAAUAUGUUAGGGAACACUUUGGUUAUAAGCACAGCUUCUUGGGGGCUGUUGCUGCGGCUGAAAUUGGCUUCCCUUUGCUUUUUGCUGUUGUUUUCGCAUUUGCGAUAAAGACUUUGAACUUCCAGAGGAGAUGAUGAUGUCUUGAAGGGCUACAUGAGAUGAUUCAUGACGUCGGUCUCCAAACAUUCCAGCAACUUAACUAGAAUUUCUAUCAAGGGCCAGCUUUUUGGCUUCUUUUCUUCUUCGCUGUAAACUUAUUUGGUUCUUCCCUGUAUUAGAAUGUAUCAUAUUUUUCAUUUCUAGAUCACCUUUGUUUGUAUGAUGUAACAAAUGAGAAAUUUAUUUCUUCUAUUUCUUUUUUUCAUUUAGACCUUGUACCCUUUAUGCCAUUGUAUUGUAUAAUGUCCUACUGAGUA